AUGAUUCGGUGCCAGUGCGAAGCCAUUUCGUUUCGGGCCGUGCUCUCAAAGCCUCUCUCCGUCGAUAUAUGCCACUGCCUCGAGUGCCAGAGACAGUCGUCCUCGGCCUUUGGCGUCUCGGCCAUCUUCCCUGUCGAGGGCAUGCUCCCAUUCCCCGAAAGCAUCCAGCCUCACGUCGGCAUGUGGACGCGCAAGACCGACUCGGGAUGCACGCUGGAGUGCUACUUCUGUAAGACGUGCGGCGUCCGGAUCAUCCACCGAGGUCUGCUGCCUGACGGAUCGUCACAGCCGACGCUGACGGUCAAGGGAGGGUGUUUGGAGAAUCUGACGCUCAAGGACGCAAGGCACAUCUAUACAAGAACGGCCAGAGUGCCGGUGCCGGAGGGGAGCUGGCCUGGGCCGCCAGACGAAUACUGA